UCAAAAACCCUGCUUUCUUCUGAGAAAGCACAAAAGAGGAAGAGGCAGCACCGGAACGAACACAGGUUGGUGAUUGUAGAACCAAAAAAAGAGGAACAAAAAGAGAGUGGGAGGCAGCGGGCGACAUCAGGGCUCAGAAUAGCAGAUGCGAUAUGAGUGUGCAUCCCACGACGAAGCCCAGCCUCAGCAUCCCCAAAGGUCAAACCUACAGCUGGUAUUUCAGCACGGCUCUUUGCUGCCUUGGUAUUUUUCCUCAGUGCAAUGCAUUGCUGCCAAAUGCUCCCACCAGGGUCAACUCUCCUCCAUAAAUCUGCAACGCAGAUGUUUCUCCAGCCCAGCUGGUUUUCCAGGCUCUGCAAUCAAGUGCUUUUCAGGACGCGACGAAACUCAUUUGCCCCAUCUAAGAUGGGAGCCUUGCUUUGGGAUGAAAGGCUCUGUGCCCCAGGGGUUGCGGUUGCAGGGAGUUUGCUUCUGCUCCCUCAGCUCCCACAAGUGCCAUCCCUGCAGCUCUUCCCAAUGGGAAGGGUUUGCUGGAAGUGGAUUUCGCCCCUGCAAACCUGCCCGAAUGAAUGGCAGUCGUCUCCUUCAGUUGGGUCUCAGUGGUUGCCAUGCAAAAAUUAAGUAUAUACGUAAUGCAUGGAUUUAUUCUGUUUUUGUACUUAGCUGUGGGGCUCAGCACAAGGGCAGCGGGGUGGAAAUGGCUGGAAAUGUUUCCUCGAGAGCUCAGAGCCAGGACUCUGGAAGACCUGAAAAAUGAGAUCGAGAAGAGGCAGAAAAACACCGCCAAGCUUUCGGGGGAGAUUUCCCAGCAGGAAACGAAACCACAGGGAGAGAAGAGUCAGCAUUCGGAUGUGAGAAGCCCCUCCACCAGGUGCGGAAAGGUGACCUUCCAGCUGCCAGCGGGGCCAGAAGAGAGGCUGAGCCAUUUCUCAUGGAGGAAUGGAGCUCUGAAGGAACACCUCAAGAAGCUUCAAGCCAGCAUCACCCUGGACCCCGACACCGCUCACCCCGACCUCGUCCUCUCCGAAGACAGGAAGAGUGUGAAACGUGGGGCAGGACAGCAGGACCUCCCCGAUAACCCCGAAAGAUUCGCCUACUGGCCCUUUGUUUUGGGCCACCCAAGCUUCUCCUCCGGCCGUCACUGCUGGGAGGUGGAAGUGGGGGACGAAGGGGACUGGGCCGUCGGCGUGGCUCGAGAAUCCAUCCCACGAAAAGGUCAACUGAGCCUCUGUCCCAAAGGGGGGAUUUGGGGGGUGGAGAAAUGGGGGGGACAGAUCCGGGCUCUCACCACCCACAAGGUGACCCUGUUAGCACUGCGCUGGGUGCCCAGGAGGGUCAGCAUCCACUUGGACUACGCCGGAGGGACGGUGGCGUUUUUCGACGCCGACGAAGGGGGGCUCAUCUUUGUCUUUUCCCACGCAUCUUUCGCUGGGGAGGGGGUCCGUCCGUGGCUGUGGGUGGUGGGGGUCAGGUCCCAGCUCAGGCUGUGCCCCUGAGAUGCAGACGAGGGUCACCCCACAUCCUACAGCCUCAGGGGGCGGCCCCUUCCCCUCCCAUCCCAUGGGGAGAAGAUGAGAUGAGGAGCUGGGUUUUUGCGCAUCCUUCAUCCCUACGAACCCACCGCCGUGGCAUCGCACCGCUGUGACACUGACUGACUUGAUAUCACCAAGAAGUGCUGAGCGAGAGAAAAACGGGGCAACAGAAGGGAAAAAGUGCUGCGUUGGGUGAUUAGAAUGUAGGAAAGAGUGGUCAGAAGGGAAAAUCCCACCCAACAGAGCGGCAGGAAGGCGGAUUUCCCCAGGGUUUGCCUGAUGAGGUACUGCUGUCCCCGACCUGAGAUGGUCACCUUCAAAUCAAGCGGUCCACCUUCUUGAAGAUUUGGUGUUUGAAGCCUCAUAGUGUACAAUGACUCUUAAUAAAGCACUUGAUUUUC